UUGUCCUACGAUUCUAACCAACUAUUGUCAAAAUAAUGUCUCUUCAACGCUUUUAUUUAUAUUUUUCAGAUUCAGAUUUUUCGUAUCAAAUUAUAAUGUAUGAUAUAUUUUAAAAUGGAAUCCUGGCCCUUGCUGUGUCGGAGUUGUCUUUCGCCAAAAUCUACAGUGUCAAUAAUUGGUGAAAAUUUAAAGGAGAAAUUUUUUCAUACAACCACGAUCGAGAUUAAAGAAGAGGAUGGAUUGCCAUGUUAUUUGUGCAAUGAUUGUUACUCAAUAAUGACUAUAGCAUAUGAAUUCAGAGAACAGUGUUUAAAGAUGGAUGAGACAUUAAAGACACAACUGUCAUUGUUUACAAAUCAUGAAAAUCUUGAUAAUGAAGCUAUUGAAGUAAAUGAGUGUGGUAUAGAAGAUGAUACAUCCAAAGAAUCAAUGAAGAAACUUGCAGCUAUUAUUAAAAAUGAGCCGAUGGAUGAUGAUGAUUGUUACUAUGUUUUAGUAAUUGAUAAUCCUGAUGAAGAAACUUCAAACUUUCCUAGUAUUACUAAUAUAAAGCAAGAAGAAGUAGAAGACCUUAACACUGAUUCUCAUAUAGAUGAAAGUGACAAACAAAAUGAAGAAACUCAAAAGCAGUUUGAGAAUUGUGUUGAUUCAUUUUUAAUUUCUAAACCGAUUGUAUCAACUACUGUGCCAGAUACUAUAUUAGAAAAUGAGGAAGGUCAUGAGAAUGAGAUUGAUUUUGAAACAAUUCAGGGGAAUUUUAUUGAUGAGCCUAGUAUAAUCCAUAAAGAUGACUCAGCUCAACCAUUGCAUGAGGUGAAGGACCUAAAAUCAAAUAAUUUCUUGAAAAUAAUUACUCCAACAGGUGUUGAAAAAACCAUAUGGCUCCAAAAUGCAAGUGAUAUUAAAUAUAUUACAGACAGCCAAGAGGCAGAUGAUAAUGAGGAAUCUGGUGAACAGGAAGAAAUAGUAUUUUAUGAGGAUGAUGAACAGCAAUUACAAAUUCUCAAAUGUGAAGGAUCAGAAUUAGUUAUUGAAUAUGCAGAUGAAGACCAGAUAGCAACCGUCAUACAGCAAGAAGAUGGUACAUUCCUGUGUGACUGCGGAGAAUCAUUUAAAGAUCUUGUGGAGUACCAAAACCAUCAGUACAAACAUAAUCCUGCAGGAGACAAUUUGUGCAAUAAGUGUGGUAAAGGCUUUGAGACACCUGAGAUUUUGGCUGGCCACAUGCAGUUACACAAAUCAACAUCUACACUAGUUGAAUGUCAAUUUUGUAAUAAAUAUAUUAAGCGGAGUGCAUUGACACAUCAUAUAAAGUUUGUGCAUAGUGUAAAGCCGAAAUGUACAAUCUGUGAUAAAACCUUUGCAAAUCAGAAUAAUUUAAAACGGCACAUGAUGAUACAUAGAGGCAUCAAAGAAUUCGAAUGUGAUAUUUGCAUGAAACGAUUUAAUCAAAAAAUAACAAUGCAAACUCACAGAUUGACACAUUUAAAUUCAACUACAUGUAGUGUCUGUGAUACAAUGUUUGAGGAUAGGGCAUCAUUGGUAAUACAUCGAGAAAACAAUGGAUGUACUAACGCAAGUGCUACUAAAGUAAAGGAUGACCUUCUGAAAGCUGUAAAAAGGGAAAUAACAACGAAUGAUGGAAAACUCUUGGGCUAUGCUUGCUCCUUGUGCAAAAAGAUGUUUUCAAUAGAAUCGGCUUUAGAGCAGCAUGUUGAAAAAGUUCAUAUAAUUGAAACAUUAGAAGAAAAGAAGAUAAACAAACAAAUGAAGAGGUUUGAGUGUAAAAGUUGUGGGAAGAAUUGUGCAAGUCAGGCAAUGCUUGUAAUGCAUGAGAGAGUGCAUACAAAUGAGAGGCCAUUCCCAUGUCAACUUUGCACAUUGAAGUUCAAAACAAAAACACAUUUACGGACACACCAGUUGACCCACACACGUGAAAAGAAAUUUGGUUGUUCAGUUUGUAUGAAGUUCUUUGCGUUGAAGGGUAACUUAGUUGUACAUUUACGUACUCACACAGGGGAACGUCCUUAUGUAUGUUCAAUAUGUGAUGAAGCGUUCAUUGAUUCCAAAUACUUGAAGAAACAUAAGUUAAGAAAACAUGCUAUUGAGAAUGUUCCGUGGAACCAAUAUUAAGUGCACGUACCCGCACACAUACUCAACAAAACAUAACAGAAGUUAACUGCUUGCGUCACACCAGGAGCCGAGAACUGCGAAUUCGUCAACUUGUCGCCCACUUAAGCCUAGAUAUAUAGAGUAAAUAUUGGUUUACUUGAUUUGUUUCUCAACCCAAUAGAAUGGAAAAUUUGCGAACAGCAAGUUAAUAUGAAAAUCUAAAGAGUUUUUGUAUUCUGAAUGAAUAUGCCAUACAUACCUACAACGCCAUUGAAAACAAACUAUCCAUAUGUAACUAAACGUGUUUCAAAAUCAGAUAUACUUUAUUUAAUUAGGCUUAAACUAAGCGCUUUUGAAUCGUCGAAUAUGUUGGUAAAAGUAGAGCUCGUGAAAAGAACAUACAAGAAACUCAACGGCCACUCUUUUCAAUCAAUAGAGUAUUUUACAAUGUUUGUAAUAUAUGCAUAAAAAAUUAAGGUGCUGCAUCCAAUAUAUGAAUUAUGUUAGUUAAAAGCGUUUUAAAUACCAAAUAUUUAAUAAAAAGUAAUAAAGAAUAAACUGUAUAAAUAUAGUAUAUUAUCGUAUAUUAGAUGCACCAACCUUUAGAGCUUGAAUUCAUUGUAUGUGUGAGGAUGUAUGAUGGUCGUGAUUACUGUCACAAUUAGCAAUCGCAUCCAAAGUAUGAUAUCACGAUCAUAUUCAUAAGUGUCAGUUUUUUAAUUAAUUUUUUACAUUCCCAAAAUUGUACUCAGUAAAAAUGUAAUCUUAGAGUAACUGUAUUUGUUUAUAAAAUGAAUAAAAACAGGUGUAUUAAUAAUGUUCGAUCGACAAAAUUGAUUCUGGACCCUCUUUGCUGAUUAUUCUUUUAAAAUCAUAAAAACAGUUAAAUAUUUAUAUUAUAUUUAUUUAGUUAGCACGAAAAAGAUUGUAUGGCAAUUUGUGGCCAGUGUCGAAUAAAAUUAUAAGUUACCUAGGAAAUGUAUGUUCAAGCUAAUUUUGACGAAAUUACGAAAUCUUUAUUAAUGACGGUAGGAAAAUAAGACAUUAGGGUGCGUCACGAUUCUAUUUUGGCAAUAAUAAUUGAGUUUGUGGGAGUCAUGAAAAUCGUUGAUACAAAUAUAUGACAAAUGUUUUCACUCACGGACGAGUAAAAAAAGAAGGACUCCGCGCCGUGAUAUUAGCAAGUGACACUAGCACCGUUAUGCAAGUGUGUGUGCGGUUACGGGGGAUACUAGUAACACAAUUCUUUCUCCCUUAAAUAAUGCAUAUAUGGCCACAAAUACUUAUUUAGUAUCGUUUUUACACUUUUUCCACAACGGACGACGGCAUUUUAAAAAUAUUUUAUAGAGAUACACACUGAUCUAUCACAGACGAUGACAAUUCUCAUAAUGGCCGCCUGUCGGCCUGUAGUAGUGUAAGUGUGUGCGUGGGGCCUAUGUAUUUACACAUUAAUCGGCUUGUUUUGGUGCUACACUGUUAUGUAAGGUGACACGGAGUCCUUAUUUUUUUACUUGUCCGUGGUUUUCACUAACCGGUAAUCCAACCGGUCCCCGGUUUUACCUUAGUAGUCAUAGACUAACCACGGGGCCUGAGGGGUAGUGUUUACUUACGACAGUGCUCAAUCAAUAUGUAAGUAUGUGUUGAACUAGGCCUAAAUUAAAUUAUCAAAAGCAAAAUAUAGAUAUUAGCGUAAUAAACAAGACUGUAAGUAGUAUAACUAUAUUGUAAAAAAUGCUAUUAUUAUUAUAAUUGUAUUUAUAACGUAGGUAUUUCAAUUAAAAUGAAUCCCCUAUGUAUAAGUGUGCAACACGUUUCUGUUUUGUAUAAUUUAUAACUAAUAAAGAAGUUUAUAAAGAUUA